UUUACUCAAAUUACCACUCACUUCUUUUUAUUUAAUUCUUUUACAUUUUUUAACCUUUCACUUAAACACAUUAUUUGGACCUUACAUAUAUUAAAAUAAAUAAAUAAAUAAAUCUGCCAGUGGUAUGCAUAGCAUAUACGCUCUAUAAAUUCUAGUCCGAAGCUCUAAAACUCCCAAUGGUAUCUAAGGAUAGUCGAUAGAGUGUCUUCCUAGCUUCAGAAGAAGAAGAUGGCUGUAGGUCUGAGAGUUGCUUCUUUUGUUUAUGCUGUGAUGAUGCUUAGUGAUUUUCAUCAAUUAGCAAAUGGAGCAGUAGCAUCUGAUACACUAGAACUCAUCAACAAGGCCAACGAGGACGGCCCUUAUCUAGGUUUGGUCAUUCCAAACCUUUUUGAGAUGAACCCUCUUCAAUCUCCAAACUUCACUGCCAGUGAUCUCAUUAUUGAUUUUUCUGGAAGGAGAUUUCGCUUUGGAACCAUAGGUGAAAAGAAGGUGAUAUUGGUGAUGACAGGAUUGAGCCUGAUAAAUGCAGGCAUAAGUACACAGCUUUUACUAAGCUUUUUCAACAUAGAAGGGGUAGCUCACUAUGGAAUAGCCGGAAAAGCAAACCCAUCUCUCAAUGUCGGAGAUGUAACCAUUCUCCAAUAUUGGGCACAUGCCGGCCUCUGGAGCUGGCAGAGGCACGGAAAAGGUCCUGAAGAUGAGCUUCCCCUAGAAUCAAAUGGCGACUAUACAAGGGAUGUUGGGAAUAUUAAAUUUGCAAACUACACAGUAAAUGUCACUGGCUGUAGCUCUUACGAUAACUUGCUAAACAACGUCUGGUACCAGCCUGAAGAAUUUUUCCCUGUAGAUGGAACUCCUGAGGAGAGACAACAUGCCUUUUGGGUUCCUGUUGAUCUUGCUUACUUUGAAAUUUCCCGGACUUAUCAGGACUUGAAACUAGAAAACUGCUUGAACUCGACAACGUGUUUAUCGGUGGCCCCAAAAGUGGUGACAGUGGCACGAGGAGUAAGUUCAAGCAUUUACCUGGAUAAUGCAGCUUAUCGAAGCUUCAUAUAUGAUAAAUUCAACGUAAGCCCUGUGGAAAUGGAAACUGCAGCUGUUGCUUUGAUAUGCCUGCAGCAAAAGAUUCCUUUUAUAGCUUUUAGAGCUGUCUCUGACUUGGCAGGAGGUGGAUCUGCCCAUUCUAAUGAGGCUGACACUUUCACCUCUCUUGCUGCCAACAAUUCUGUUGCAGUUGUUUUGGAAUUCAUCAAGCGUUUGCCUUUGAACAAGACCUACGAUGCCUAGAGAUGAAUAUGGAUCCUCCUGGUUCUUAGCUUCAGGUUUAUUUUACGGAAUAAAAUUUGCUAGUUGAAUCUUAA